AUGAGUGUGCCGUUUGUGAGCGACGGAGCAUCCGAGUUGUGUGCACUUUCCAGAGGGCUUUGGUAUUACUUCUCGGUUUUCUUGUCGCUGAUGAGACACGUGCUUGGGAUGAAGUCAUUUGACGUGCUCAUGGACCUCGAUACGCGAACACUAACGCAAUACAAAAACUCCCAACUGUUCGUCCAACGCCGCUCGGUCAAGCUGUUAAAAUUCGACAAGCCCUCGAAGAAGUUUAGAAGGCGGGUGGAGGUUGGCGGCCCGAGACAAACCGUAGCUAGCGCAGAACUAGAUGAGUUCGUUUCUCCAUCUACAAGUCGUUGCUGCUUGAGUUCAACUUUUUUGUUCGACGAAGGUGGUUCUCGCACACCAGCCCGGCCAGUUGGAGAUGUCCGACGUGAUAUGUACUCGAUAUACUUCGAGCUUGAGAUUAUCGACAUUCUUUGCGUUGUAGAACUAAGUGAACUGCCCAAUUUGUGGUAUAACAACUACGAUAUGGCGUUGAAGGAUUCAACUCUGGAUAUGGACACUCAAGAUUUGGCCCACAGUUCCACUUUCUUACACGUUGCGUCACCUGCGCGGUUGCUUCGCUACGACUUAUAUGCCUCUACUUCCCUGGGAGAGAUCUGGAGGCCAUGA